CCAGGGUGAUUAGUGGUGAAUGAGUUGUCACAUGAGCCAGUGUGCAGCUCAGAGGGAGGAAGCGUGAGGUCCGGCAGCGCCUGCUUCCUGUUCCUGCUGCAGCCGGGGGUCAGCAUGGCCACGACGGACCCCAGAGACGCUGAUGCUGACGGGAUUAAGAGGCUGGGGAAGAGGUUUAAGAAACUUGACCUGGAUAAGUCCGGUUCCCUCAGCGUGGAGGAGUUCAUGUCCCUGCCGGAGCUGCAGCAGAACCCCCUCGUGCAGCGAGUCAUCGACAUCUUUGACACCGACGGCAACGGGGAAGUGGACCUCAUCGAGUUCAUUGAAGGAGUUUCUCAGUUCAGCAUGAAGGGCAACAAGCAGCAGCGUCUGCACUUCGCCUUCAGGAUCUACGACAUGGACAAGGACGGCUUCAUAUCCAACGGGGAGCUGUUCCAGGUGCUGAAGAUGAUGGUGGGCACCAACCUGAAGGACGCGCAGCUGCAGCAGGUCGUCGACAAAACCAUCAUCAACGCAGACAGAGACGGCGACGGCAGGAUUUCCUUUGAGGAGUUCUGCUCGGUCGUCGGGGGGAUGGGCGUUCAUAAGAAGAUGAGGGUGAACGUCUGACGGCUGGUCAUGUGACCGUAGGGACAAGCCCCGCCUCCACCCCGACCAGCCCUCUGAUUGGACGGGACCUCUCAGUGUUAACGUUUUAGACGACUGUACAGUUUUCUACAGAAUCUGGAUCAACCUGAAUUCUUGAGGACAGAAACGGGAGGUGAAGUGCCAACGCGACUUCAGGGACAGGAAGUCCUGACUCCACCUCAGAGGACGAGUCUCAACGAUCAUUAGUAUCGCAGAAGCAUCAUUUAAAGAAAAACAAACGCUGUCAUCCAACUCUAAAUUUGUCCAGUUAGAUGGGGCGUUAGCCUCGGAGUCGCUGGUUUAGAUGACACAAUCUUCUCAUUUAGUUACAUGAGCGUCACAGCGGUUGUUGCAUUCAGUUUUCUAUUUAUUGCAAAUAAAAGCAUGUUGCUGGAAUAAAAAUAAG